CCAGUGUGAAAUUGCUGCAAACGCAGGGAUGAUUAUACAGAGAGUAGUGCUGAAUUCACGCCCUGGUAAGAAUGGCGUGCCAGUGGCUGAAAACUUCCGACUGGAACAAAGUGCAAUAGCAGAUACGAUCCAAGCGGGACAAGUGCGUGUUAGAACCCUUUAUCUCUCUGUGGACCCUUACAUGCGUUGCCGAAUGAAUGAGGAUACGGGCUCAGAUUACCUCCUGCCCUGGCAGCUGUCUGAAGUUGCUGAUGGUGGGGGCGUCGGAGUUGUGGAGGAGAGCAAGCAUGAUAACCUUGCUAAAGGAGACUUUGUAACUUCCUUCACUUGGCCCUGGCAGACUGUUGCCAUUCUGGAUGGAAGCUCACUACAAAAGCUUGUUCCACAACUUGUCAAUGGACGCCUUUCCUACUUUCUCGGUGCAGCUGGCAUCACAGGACUGACGGCCUUGUUGGGUAUAAAAGAGAAAGGACAUGUGGCUAAGGGCGCAAAUCAGACAAUGGUGGUGAGUGGAGCAGCCGGUGCCUGCGGCUCUUUGGCUGGCCAGAUUGGCCGUCUGGAGGGCUGCUCUAGAGUGGUAGGGAUUGCUGGCACAGAUGAAAAGUGCUCCAUUUUGGUCCAAGAAAUGGGCUUUGAUGCUGCUAUCAAUUACAAGAAGGGGAAUGUGGCAGAGCAGCUACGUGAACUCUGCCCAGGCGGUGUGGAUGUUUACUUUGACAAUGUUGGUGGAGACAUCAGUGAUACAGUUAUAAGUCAGAUGAAUCAGAACAGCCACAUCAUUCUGUGUGGACAGAUUUCUCAGUAUAACAAAGAUGUGCCUUAUCCUCCUCCGCUGCCUCCUGACAUAGAAAAAAUACAGAAAGAAAGGAAUAUCACAAGGGAAAGAUUCUUAGUGUUGAACUAUAUGGACAAACAAGAAGCUAGUAUAUUACAACUCUGCCAGUGGAUCCAAGAGGGUAAACUGAAGGUCAGAGAGACCGUGGUAGAAGGCUUGGCAAACAUUGGUGCCGCUUUCCAGUCCAUGAUGAAUGGAGGCAAUAUUGGGAAACAGAUCGUCUCAGUUUCUAAGUAAAAGUCAUUGCUUCCGGAAAAUAAUUGGAUUCUGUCUCUAACAGUGAGCAAGAUUUUACUUAUGCUAAUUUCCAUUUUCUUAAAUAAGCCAAUGAGCUGUUCUAUAUGUACUGAAAGCAAAGAUACUGGGAUGCUAAUAAACUAAAUAGAACUGGA